UGAAACUUUUUCCCCUGUUGUGUAUAUAGUGACAAUUGCUAAUGCUGCAAAAGAUUUUAUAACCUGAAUUUUUUCCUAAAGCUGCAAUAUAACUCAAUUCAGUUCAAUUCAAGUUUGAAUUUGUCAAAACUAAUAGAAACUUCUAACUGUAACAUACCGUUUCAUUUGGGGUAUUUGAAUCCGUCAAAAACAUAUAAUUCUAUGGGUAUUGCUAUAGACCUUCACUGGUACAUGACUAUUCAAUUUGGAUUAGUCAUGGUUCAACUUCUUUGUUUGGUGGGUGGAGAGGGGAGAGAAGGCUUAUUCCCACAGAACAGGGCUGAAGCCAAUCCUCCCUCCUUUCGUGAACGACCAGCUGGAAACAGAAGUGGAAUAAACAAACCCAAAAGGCACGAAACAAAUGACUACGGACAGUAUCCUCCCUCUUUAAAAGACCGAAACUGGCAUCCCAUAACACCCCCAAACCUUAAUACAGAAACAAAGAAAAAAUGACCCUCCAAUUCCUCUGUUUCUUCCUGUUCCUAGCAACUUUCUUCUCUGUUCCAUCAUCAGCCACAAUCCCUUUAGGCGUCACCCUCUACGCCUCAACCCCAAAUCAAACAUGGUCCUCACCCAAUUCCACCUUCUCCAUCUCCUUCAUCUCCACGAGCCCCAAUGUGUACACUGCCUCCAUCACCUACUCUGGUGGAGUUCCAAUUUGGACAGCAGGCAGCAAUGUUGACUCCGGUGGGGCUCUCCAUUUACUCCCUAACGGAGCUCUACGCCUCACCGAUGGCACAGGCGCCACUCUCUGGGACUCUGACACGGCAAACCGUGGAGUUUCUUACGCAUCCCUGGAAGACUCAGGGGAACUUAGGCUACUCACCAAUGCUAGUAUCGUAGUCUGGUCUUCGUUUGAUAACCCCACUGAUACUAUCCUCCCAUCGCAGAAUUUUACUGUAGGGAAGGUUCUGCGAUCUGGGUUGUAUUCUUUUUCUUUUCUAAGGUCGGGCAAUCUGGCUUUGGAAUGGAAUGAAAGUGUUGUGUAUUGGAAUAAAGGAUUGAAUUUUACAUUACGUGCUAAUUUAACUACGGCCAGCUUAGUGUUGCAGGCUAUCGGAAUCUUGUCAGUUUUUGAUCCUACAUCGACUAAUGGAGAUAUCGUGGCUUAUAGUAGUGAUUAUGCAGAAGGAAGUGAUAUAUUGAGGUUUUUGAGGUUAGAUAGUGAUGGGAAUUUAAGGAUUUAUAGUUCAGCUAGGGGUAGUGGAACUACAACAAUUAGAUGGGCAGCUGUUUCUGAUCAGUGUGAGGUUUUUGGUUACUGUGGGAACCUUGGAAUCUGUGGUUACAACGGUUCAUACCCGAUUUGCGAGUGCCCAUCUCAGGAUUUCGAGCAUGUUGAUGCGAAUGAUGGAAGAAAAGGGUGUAGAAGGAAAGUUGAGAUUGAGGAUUGUCCUGGGAAUGCUACCAUGUUGCAAUUGGAUCAUGCCGUGUUUUUGACUUAUCCACGCGAGGUCUUCUCUCAGACUUUCUUCGUGGGGAUAUCAGCUUGUAGAUUAAACUGUCUAGUGAGUCCACCUUGCGUUGCUGCCACUUCUUUGGCCAAUGGAUCAGGGCUUUGUUACUUGAAAACGUCAGGCUUUGUUUCUGGAUAUCAGGGUCCAGUAAUUCCUAGCACUUCUUAUGUCAAGGUUUGUGGUUCACAGGCAUAAUCUUCAUCCAAACUGUAGGAGUUUUGCCUUCAGCUUCAGAGAGGAUUAUGAAGAUGGAAUGCACCACUUCUAUGCACGUCAAAUUCUAUAUGAAACAUGAAGCAAUAAGCUUAUUAUUAUAUGUAUUAAACUAAUAUAUUACAAUUUUUGGUUUCC